CGCCUUUUACCGUCCGUCAUCAAAUCCUUCUCCCCUCAGUCACUCCGCGACCCAAACCCUAGGACGAGGAAGCAGCGGUCUUGUCCCCCUUCGUCCGGCGAUUUUGACUCAGAGGUAGAGUUAGAGAUGUGGAACGGUGGCGCUUCGUCGUCGUCCUCGUCCUCGUCUGCAGUCCCGAUGGCGCCGCCAGGAACGGUGCCAGGGGCCGGGAUGCCCCCGCCCCCGCCGCCGGCGGUGCAGCCGUCGUACAGCAUCCCGCCUUCUCCCGCGGAGUUAGAGGCGCAGCUGGUGGAGAAGGCCAGGAAGUGGCACCAGCUUAACUCCAAGAGAUAUGGGGACAAGAGGAAGUUCGGGUUUGUCGAGACCCAGAAGGAGGAUAUGCCUCCGGAACACGUCAGAAAGAUUAUCAGAGACCAUGGAGACAUGUCCUCAAAGAAAUAUCGCCAUGACAAACGUGUGUACCUUGGAGCUUUGAAGUUUGUUCCUCAUGCAGUUUACAAGUUGCUUGAGAACAUGCCCAUGCCAUGGGAGCAGGUUCGUAAUGUGAGGAUCUUGUAUCAUAUAACUGGUGCAAUCACGUUUGUGAAUGAGAUCCCAUGGGUGGCUGAACCUAUAUACUUAGCACAGUGGGGUACAAUGUGGAUCAUGAUGCGAAGGGAAAAAAGAGACCGAAGGCAUUUCAAAAGAAUGCGGUUUCCACCUUUUGAUGAUGAAGAGCCUCCACUAGACUAUGCUGACAAUUUAUUAGAUGUGGAACCCUUGGAGGCUAUUCAGUUAGAACUAGAUGAGGAAGAAGAUGCUGCUGUAUAUACAUGGUUCUAUGAUCAUAAACCUCUUGUUAAAACAAAGCUUAUAAAUGGUCCUAGUUACAGAAGGUGGCACCUUUCACUUCCGAUUAUGGCAAAUCUUCAUCGGCUUGCAGGACAACUACUUUCUGAUCUAAUUGAUCGCAAUUAUUUUUACUUGUUCGAUAUGGAGUCAUUCUUUACUGCUAAAGCAUUGAACAUGUGCAUACCCGGAGGUCCCAAGUUUGAGCCAUUGUAUCGUGACAUGGAAAAAGGAGACGAAGAUUGGAAUGAAUUUAAUGACAUCAAUAAGCUUAUCAUUCGUCAGCCAUUAAGAACAGAAUACAGGAUAGCAUUUCCUCAUCUGUACAACAAUAGGCCAAGGAAAGUGAAGCUUAGUGUGUACCACACUCCCAUGAUAAUGUACAUAAAAGCCGAGGAUCCUGAUUUGCCUGCAUUUUAUUUUGAUCCCUUGAUAAACCCAAUUUCUUCGAUUAACAAGGUUGACCGUCGAGAGAGGAGAGUACAUGAAGGAGAUGAUGAGGAUGACUUUUACCUUCCAGAUGGAGUUGAACCUCUUCUACAUGAGACCCAGUUGUAUACUGAUACGACAGCGGCUGGAGUCUCAUUGUUGUUUGCACCACGCCCAUUUAAUACGAGGUCUGGUCGAACGAGACGAGCUGAAGAUAUACCUCUUGUGUCAGAAUGGUACAAGGAGCAUUGUCCUCCAUCAUACCCAGUCAAAGUUCGUGUCAGUUAUCAGAAGCUAUUGAAAUGCUAUGUAUUGAAUGAAUUGCAUCAUCGACCUCCCAAAGCUCAGAAGAAGAAGCACUUGUUCCGGUCUUUGCAGGCAACUAAAUUCUUCCAAACGACAGAGUUAGAUUGGGUUGAAGCAGGAUUACAAGUUUGUAAGCAAGGUUACAAUAUGCUGAACCUGUUGAUUCAUCGUAAAAAUCUUAAUUAUCUUCACCUUGAUUAUAACUUCAAUUUGAAACCUGUGAAAACGCUCACCACUAAGGAGCGUAAAAAGUCACGUUUUGGAAAUGCUUUUCAUUUGUGUCGGGAGAUUCUCCGUUUGACAAAGCUAGUUGUUGAUGCUAAUGUUCAGUUCCGCCUGGGAAAUGUUGAUGCUUUUCAAUUAGCUGAUGGUCUUCAGUAUAUAUUCUCUCAUGUUGGCCAGCUGACUGGUAUGUACCGUUAUAAGUACCGUCUGAUGCGGCAGAUCAGAAUGUGUAAAGACUUGAAGCACUUGAUUUAUUACCGUUUUAAUACUGGUCCCGUUGGGAAGGGACCUGGCUGUGGGUUUUGGGCUCCCAUGUGGAGGGUGUGGCUGUUCUUCCUUCGUGGUAUUGUACCAUUGUUAGAAAGAUGGUUGGGUAAUUUACUUGCACGCCAGUUUGAAGGUCGUCAUUCUAAAGGAGUUGCAAAGACUGUUACAAAGCAACGAGUUGAAAGCCACUUCGAUUUGGAGCUUCGGGCUGCUGUGAUGCAUGAUAUUCUUGAUGCAAUGCCUGAGGGCAUUAAGCAAAAUAAGGCAAGGACUAUUUUACAACAUCUCAGUGAAGCGUGGCGCUGUUGGAAAGCCAACAUUCCAUGGAAGGUUCCCGGACUUCCAGUGCCGAUUGAGAAUAUGAUUCUCCGUUAUGUGAAAUCCAAAGCAGAUUGGUGGACAAAUGUUGCUCACUACAAUCGUGAACGUAUUAGAAGAGGUGCAACUGUCGAUAAGACGGUUUGUCGAAAAAAUCUGGGAAGAUUAACUCGAUUAUGGUUAAAGGCUGAGCAGGAAAGACAACACAACUACUUGAAAGAUGGUCCAUAUGUCACCCCAGAAGAAGCUGUGGCUAUCUAUACCACUACUGUUCAUUGGUUGGAAUCAAGGAAGUUUUCAGCUAUACCAUUUCCACCAUUGUCAUACAAACACGACACUAAACUUCUUAUCCUGGCGUUAGAGAGGCUGAAAGAGUCUUACAGUGUGGCAGUAAGACUGAACCAAUCACAGAGGGAAGAAUUGGGUCUUAUUGAACAAGCCUAUGACAACCCUCAUGAGGCUUUAUCAAGGAUAAAACGUCAUUUGCUCACACAGCGUGCCUUCAAGGAGGUUGGCAUUGAGUUCAUGGAUUUGUAUAGUUAUCUGAUUCCUGUUUAUGAAAUUGAACCUCUUGAGAAAAUCACGGAUGCAUACCUUGAUCAGUAUUUGUGGUAUGAAGGUGACAAAAGACACCUCUUCCCUAAUUGGGUCAAGCCUGCAGAUUCAGAACCACCACCUCUUCUAGUAUACAAAUGGUGUCAAGGUAUAAAUAACUUACAAGGCGUAUGGGAUACUAGUGAUGGCCAGUGUGUUGUGAUGCUGCAAACAAAGUUUGAGAAGUUCUUUGAGAAAAUUGAUUUGACCAUGCUUAACAGGCUUUUACGUUUGGUUCUGGACCACAACAUUGCUGAUUAUGUAACUGCUAAAAACAAUGUUGUAUUGUCAUACAAAGACAUGAGCCAUACAAACUCUUAUGGUCUCAUUCGUGGUCUGCAGUUUGCUUCUUUUGUUGUACAAUAUUAUGGGCUUGUGCUUGACUUGUUGCUUCUUGGUUUAACCAGAGGCAGCGAAAUUGCUGGUCCUCCUCAAAUGCCGAAUGAAUUCAUUACAUAUGCAGACACCAGAGUCGAGACUAGGCAUCCGAUUCGAUUAUAUUCCCGUUAUAUUGAUAAAGUACACAUAUUAUUCCGUUUCACUCAUGAAGAAGCACGAGAUCUCAUUCAACGAUAUCUUACAGAACAUCCAGAUCCAAACAAUGAAAACAUGGUUGGGUAUAACAAUAAGAAGUGCUGGCCGAGAGAUGCAAGAAUGAGGCUGAUGAAACAUGAUGUCAAUCUUGGGCGAAGCGUCUUUUGGGAUAUGAAGAAUCGACUUCCUCGAAGUAUCACAACAUUGGAAUGGGAAAACAGCUUUGUUUCUGUUUAUAGCAAGGACAACCCCAAUCUUCUUUUCAGCAUGUGUGGAUUCGAGGUUCGGAUAUUACCUAAAGUAAGAAUGACUCAAGAGGCUUUUAGUAACACUAAAGAUGGAGUUUGGAACUUGCAAAAUGAGCAAACCAAGGAGAGAACAGCAAUAGCUUUCUUACGCGUUGAUGAUGAGCACAUGAAGGUGUUUGAGAAUCGUGUGAGACAGAUUCUUAUGUCGUCGGGAUCUACUACCUUUACCAAGAUUGUUAACAAAUGGAAUACAGCUCUUAUUGGUCUUAUGACAUAUUUCCGAGAAGCAACUGUGCAUACACAAGAGUUGUUGGAUUUGCUGGUCAAGUGUGAAAACAAGAUACAGACUCGUAUCAAAAUUGGAUUAAAUUCCAAGAUGCCUAGCAGAUUUCCUCCUGUCAUUUUUUACACACCAAAGGAAAUUGGAGGCCUUGGCAUGUUGUCUAUGGGUCACAUAUUGAUCCCGCAGAGUGAUCUACGCUAUAGCCAGCAAACAGAUGUCGGAGUAACACAUUUUAGAAGUGGUAUGAGUCAUGAGGAAGAUCAACUCAUUCCCAAUCUUUACCGCUACAUACAGCCCUGGGAGAGUGAGUUUAUUGAUUCACAGCGUGUAUGGGCUGAAUAUGCACUGAAGAGACAGGAAGCACAAUCACAAAAUAGACGACUGACUCUUGAGGAUCUAGAGGAUUCCUGGGAUAGGGGCAUACCUCGAAUUAACACCCUGUUCCAGAAAGACCGACAUACUCUCGCAUAUGACAAGGGAUGGAGAGUUCGUACUGAUUUUAAACAGUAUCAAGUUUUGAAGCAGAAUCCAUUUUGGUGGACCCACCAGCGGCAUGAUGGCAAGCUUUGGAACUUGAAUAAUUACCGGACUGAUGUUAUCCAAGCACUUGGAGGUGUAGAAGGAAUUCUGGAACACACCUUGUUUAAAGGGACAUAUUUCCCAACCUGGGAAGGUCUCUUCUGGGAGAAGGCAUCUGGAUUUGAGGAGUCUAUGAAGUAUAAGAAACUAACGAAUGCACAGCGUUCAGGUCUAAAUCAAAUUCCAAACCGUAGGUUUACUUUGUGGUGGUCUCCCACCAUCAAUCGUGCAAAUGUGUAUGUGGGCUUCCAGGUUCAGCUUGAUCUUACAGGGAUAUUCAUGCAUGGAAAAAUUCCUACUCUGAAGAUAUCUUUGAUUCAGAUAUUCCGUGCUCAUCUUUGGCAAAAGAUUCAUGAGAGUGUUGUUAUGGACCUGUGCCAAGUUUUGGAUCAAGAACUGGAUGCAUUAGAAAUAGAGACUGUGCAGAAAGAGACUAUACAUCCAAGGAAAAGCUACAAGAUGAAUAGUUCUUGUGCUGAUGUUCUCCUCUUUGCUGCACAUAGAUGGCCCAUGUCCAAACCAAGCCUAGUUGCUGAGUCAAAGGAUGUUUUUGAUCAAAAAGCAAGCAAUAAAUACUGGAUUGAUGUGCAACUUCGUUGGGGUGACUAUGACUCCCAUGACAUAGAACGUUAUACUAGGGCCAAGUUUAUGGAUUAUACAACAGACAAUAUGUCCAUAUAUCCAUCACCCACUGGUGUCAUGAUCGGAUUAGAUUUGGCAUAUAACCUGCAUUCAGCCUUCGGCAAUUGGUUCCCUGGAUCGAAGCCUUUAUUGGCUCAAGCAAUGAACAAGAUCAUGAAGUCAAACCCAGCAUUGUAUGUUCUGAGAGAGCGCAUAAGGAAAGGUCUGCAGCUGUAUUCAUCUGAGCCAACUGAACCAUAUCUCUCAUCACAGAACUAUGGGGAGAUUUUCAGCAACCAAAUCAUAUGGUUUGUUGAUGACACAAAUGUGUAUAGAGUAACAAUACAUAAAACUUUCGAGGGAAAUCUCACUACUAAGCCCAUAAAUGGUGCCAUAUUUAUAUUCAACCCAAGAACAGGACAGCUAUUUCUGAAGGUUAUCCAUACAAGUGUCUGGGCAGGGCAAAAGCGUCUUGGGCAGCUGGCCAAGUGGAAAACUGCGGAAGAAGUAGCUGCUCUUGUGCGGUCGUUGCCUGUCGAAGAGCAGCCAAAGCAAAUUAUUGUCACGCGCAAAGGAAUGUUGGAUCCUCUAGAGGUCCACUUGCUCGAUUUUCCCAACAUUGUAAUCAAGGGUAGUGAGCUACAAUUGCCCUUCCAGGCUUGCUUAAAGAUUGAAAAGUUUGGUGAUCUAAUUUUGAAGGCUACUGAACCUCAGAUGGUUCUGUUUAAUAUUUAUGAUGAUUGGUUGAAAAGUAUAUCAUCAUACACUGCCUUCUCCCGUCUUAUAUUGAUAUUGCGGGCACUGCAUGUGAACAAUGAGAAAGCAAAGAUGUUAUUGAAGCCUGACAAGACAAUCAUCACUGAACCACAUCAUAUCUGGCCUUCUCUGACAGAUGAUCAGUGGAUGAAGGUGGAGGUUGCGCUUAGAGAUCUCAUACUUUCUGACUAUGCAAAAAAGAACAAUGUGAACACAUCCGCACUGACGCAGUCUGAAAUCCGUGACAUAAUACUUGGUGCAGAGAUUGCUCCACCCUCACAGCAGAGACAACAGAUUGCUGAAAUCGAGAAACAGGCCAAAGAAGCUAGUCAAUUAACGGCCGUUACAACCAGGACAACAAAUGUGCAUGGUGAUGAGCUUAUAGUCACCACUACUAGCCCAUACGAGCAGCAAGCAUUUGGUUCCAAGACCGACUGGCGAGUGAGGGCUAUUUCAGCUACAAAUCUUUAUCUUCGUGUUAAUCACAUUUAUGUGAACUCAGAUGACAUCAAGGAGACUGGAUACACUUACAUCAUGCCCAAGAACAUAUUGAAGAAGUUUAUCUGCAUAGCGGAUCUGAGAACUCAGAUUUCUGGUUACCUGUACGGGUUGAGCCCCCAAGAUAACCCACAAGUGAAGGAGAUCCGUUGCAUUGUCAUGCCACCCCAAUGGGGGACACAUCAGCAGGUCCAUCUACCAUCAGCGCUACCUGAGCACGACUUCUUGAAUGACUUGGAGCCUCUGGGAUGGAUGCACACACAACCUAAUGAGCUUCCUCAACUAUCUCCACAGGAUCUGACAGCCCAUUCUCGGGUACUGGAGAACAAUAAGCAGUGGGAUGGAGAGAAGUGCAUUAUUUUGACCUGCAGCUUCACUCCGGGAUCCUGUUCCUUGACUGCAUACAAGUUAACCCCAUCAGGUUACGAAUGGGGUCGAGUCAACAAGGACACUGGAAGCAACCCCCAUGGUUAUCUACCAACACACUACGAGAAAGUGCAGAUGCUUCUCAGCGAUCGUUUCUUGGGAUUCUACAUGGUCCCUGACAAUGGUCCUUGGAACUACAAUUUCAUGGGAGUGAAGCACACCGCAAGCAUGCGAUACGGUGUAAAGCUGGGAACGCCAAGGGAUUACUACCACGAGGAUCACCGGCCGACCCAUUUCCUGGAGUUUAGUAAUCUGGAAGAGGGGGAUGCUGCAGAGGCAGACAGGGAGGAUACCUUUACGUAGUGAGACUGUUGUACGACUUUGUACUGAGUUAGAUGUAUGUAUCAGACUGAGAUGAUGAUGCUACCUUUUCUUCAUGUUGUCCUGGAAAUUAUAGACAGUAAUUUCUUGAUGCAUCCUUUGCUUUUUUGCUUUAUACUCGGCGUCGUAGGUAAAAGGAGGCGACAUAACUGAUAUGUUCUUAUUCUAUUCUCGUGUAUUGUAUUAUUGUUAUUGAGUUUUCAUUCAA